AUUGGAUUACUCAUAGCUGACAUCGUCCAAAGUUUGCUGCCGCCAUCGCAAAGAAGGGGCUGCUAUCUCUAUCUGAUUGCCACAGCGAACGGAACAUACUUUCAAUUUCCGUCAGAUACGCGGGGCAAACGCAAUUAGAAAUACCACGUGAACUCUCGGACCGACCCCCUAGGUCGUCGUUGCUAAUCCAACAAUUGAAUCGCUGCGCGAAAUAAACCAAUGCCAGGCACUCACUUGAUAACAACUUGGUCAAAUAAUCAACAGCGUAACCAGCAGCAGAGCGUGAUAGUUUCCGACCAGUCACGCAGUAGAUGCACGGGUUAUGGGAUUAUCUGUUUAGGAUUCUCCACUGAACAGCACAGCGCCACAACACCCUAGCGAUAAGGAGCGAUUGAAUCUCAGCUAAAAGUUUCCCCAUUAGACUGUCAACUAUGUCUGCGAACGGGGACAGCGCUCCGACGACGGUCCCGGGAGCCACCAAGCCUAUCGACAUCCAGGUACGGGUGCCAACCCACGAGCGCCUCAUGUCCAUCGACAAGGGUAUGGCGCCGUCCUCGCCGACGCUGCCCAGUCCCACGAUCCGGCGGAAUAAGAGCGACGGCAAACUAAUGGCCCAGGACAUCAAGGAGGCACGGGUGCGAGUCAUCUACACUGGCGGCACAAUUGGCAUGAUGCGGAACGAACGAAAUGUGCUGGCGCCCAUACCAAAUGCCCUAGUGCGCAGCAUUCGCAAGUAUCCAAACAUCCACGAUGAGGAGUAUGCAUUGCGACGCUUUGGGGCCUCGGCAUCGAUGGCGCCGCUGGUCCUGCCCUUUGUCCAAGGUAUGGACAGAAGGGUCCUAUACCAGGUCACCGAGUACACGCCGCUGCUGGACAGCAGCAACAUGACGAUGCACGACUGGGCCCGCAUCGCCAAUGAUAUACAGCAAUCGUACGAGUUCUUUGACGGCUUCGUUGUGCUACAUGGCACCGACACGCUCUCGUACACGGCCUCGGCCCUGUCGUUUAUGCUGGAGAAUCUGGGCAAGACGGUGAUCAUCACAGGAUCGCAGAUACCGAUCUUUGAGACGCGCACCGACGGCAAGGACAACUUCACAUCCGCCCUGAUCAUAGCCGGAAACUACGUCAUACCGGAGGUGUGCAUCUUCUUCGGCCACAAACUGAUGCGCGGAAAUCGCACGGUGAAGGUCAGCUCCAAUUCGCUGGACGCAUUCGAUUCGCCGAAUGUGCCGCCGCUGGCGAGAAUUGGAAUCGAUGUUAAUGUGGACUAUCGUUUGAUCUUCCGGCCCUGCAGCAUCGAACGCUUCUGUGUCCAUCUGAAUCUCGACGAGAAUGUUGGCCUGCUGCGAAUCUUUCCGAGCAUUUCGCUCUCCACAUUCCGCGCCUUCCUGGCGCCCCCGAUCAGGGGAGUGGUGCUGCAGUCGUUCGGUUCUGGCAACAUACCCUCAAAUCGACGGGACCUGAUCGAGGAGCUGCAGGCGGCCGCCGAUCGUGGCGUAAUCAUCAUAAACUGCACCCAGUGUCCAAACGGCUCAGUGGCGGAAAUUUACGACACGGGCAAGGUCCUGUGCGAUCUGGGCGUCAUUCCCGGCUAUGACAUGACCCCCGAGGCAGCACUCUCCAAGCUGGCAUAUGUCAUUGGCAAGGAGGAGUGGUCGCUGGACGUCAAAAAACAGAUGAUGCAGUCGAACCUGCGCGGAGAGCUGACAUCGGUGACGGCCCCCAAGAUGGAGGACUACGAUUUGGUGGAUGCUGUGGCGCGCUCUUUGCACUUGUCCUCGCCACAGGAACUGGACCAGCUGGGCGCCACCCUCUUCCCGGCCAUGAUCAAUGGCGCCGUCGCCGAGGGAGAUCUGAAGAAGAUCAAUAACCUGAAGGCGUAUGGCGCCGACCUCUCCGGCACCAAUCACGACCAACGAACGGCCCUGCAUUUGGCCUGCCAGCUGGGCAACGUCGAGAUAGUUAAGUAUCUGCUGCACAACGGAGUCUCUGUCCACGUACGUGAUCGCUACGACCGCACCCCGCUGUUGGAGGCCGUCUCCACGGACAGUCACGAGAUCAUUCAAUUGCUCAUCAACUGUGGCGCCCACCUUACCGGCUCCUCACGUGCCGUCGGCGAGCAGCUGUGUGCGGCCGCUGCCCGCGGCUCCCUUACGCGCCUCAAGUCGUAUCAGUACGCGGGCGCUGAUCUCUCCCAGCCGGAUCCGUCGGGACGCACAGUUCUACAUGUGGCGGCCCUGCACGGGUUCCCCGAGGUGGUGGAGUACGUGCUGCCCUACUUCGAGAGUGCCAGCGAGAAGGACUUACUCGGUCUAAGCGCCUUGAACUAUGCAGAGCGUGGCGGUCAUGCAGCCCUUGUAGAUUUGCUGAAAGCGGCUGGAUGCGAGGCCUAGAAUCAUCUCUUGGUUCUUUACUCAUAAAACUAUUUCUUAAGUGUUUGCCUCACGCAAACAUCUGUGCAAUAUCGCGUCUAGUCCGGUCUGGUGGUUCCUUUUAGUGUAAUACUUGUAAUAUGUGUAUUGAUUUCUUGUUAAUAGAAAAGUGUAAGUUAUAUAUUUUAAA